AUGAAUGCCACUACCUUCACCACAACUGCAACAACCAUGGCCAAGAAGAACCAAAAGAUGGCCGAAAAACUUACCCUCAAAAAACCAGUCUCCAGCAAUGGUAGUGUAGCGUCUUCUUCCAAUGGCAGUUUUGCCAGUAGCAAGAAAGACAACAACAACAACAACAAAAACAGCAGCAAAAAGAAUGGCCUGCCAGCAGAUACUAAUAAUGAAGGACAAAGUCUCAACAGUGACUCCAGCAGCAAUAGCAGCAAUGAAGUGGUGGUGGUCAAGAGUCAGAGUCCUCCAUGGAAGGCAACAUUUGAUUAUCUCGCGGAUCAAGCCUUUAAUGCGGCUGGAUUUGCCUAUCUGUCGGCCAUUGGGGGCAUGGCGUGGUACUUUAUGCGACAAAGCAACAUUGACUUUCUCGACGAAUUCACGUCCGCUCUGACCCUCAUGAUUACACACAAAAACGGUGCCAACUUUUUUGGCAUGCUCACCUUCAUGAUCCUCUUGCGAUCCGCCAUCAACAAACUGGUCUACCCGAUUGUGCUCAAUCAUAUUUACGAUGGCAAAAACCACAAGUACACGGCACACUACUGCGAAUGGCUCUUUGAUGCCAUCAAGAACACGGUCAUGUUCACCAUUGGCUUUUACGUGGCCUGGGGAUCCGAUUGGUGGCCCAUGUACCAACAUGGACGUCUGGGAUGGUACCCCAAACAAGGCGGAACCAUCUUUGAUUCCGACGGUGAAAUUGUACCCACGUGUGCCCUGGCAUUGGAAACCAUUGGACACUUUGAAGUCACGGUCGACUUUGUCGCCCUCUUGACACUUGUCUGGGAUGCCGUCACGGAGUACUAUGAAGCACAGACGGCGUUGCUGAGGCACGGUCAAGACGAAAAGCAAGCCACCACCACCACGUCGUUUGCCGAAGAUUUCGUCCAUCAUACGGGCGUCUGCUUUGGUGCGCUAUUCUUGUACAUUACCGCCAAGGACAAUUGCAAUGCCAUUGCCAUUAUUGUCUUGCUCGGGCAGUUCAAUGACAUGUGCGAGUUUGCCGCGCUAUCUCUAGGACUCUGCAAGGUUUGGGUGCUGGAACGGGUCGUGACACCCAUUCUAUGUGUCUUUUGGACAAUAAGUCUAUUCUACAUUUGGCCCGCAGCACUGAUCCCCAUCUUUUUGGAACCCAUACCCAUUGAGCACAGCUUUGAUUCCAUGCUGGUACUGCAGCUCACGCUGUACCAGUUUGGAAGUAUUGCCAUUGCAUCGCUCUUUUGGGCCAUGCACAUGUUCUGGUUGUACAAGGGGCUCCUCUUCCUGUAUCGGUAUCAAAGAGGUGUCUACUUUGCCGAAAAGAAACUCAAGUUCAAGAAGGACAAGGGAGAACACGAAACACAACAAGACGUUCCACAGUACGGUCGAACGGCUUGCUUAGCCUCGGGAACCAUGUUGAAACCAACAAAAGAAGAGUAG